CCGGACCCUUGAAUGAUUUAAAUCUCCCCGGCCAUGCCCCUCACUCACCAGUCAGUCAGACAGUCAGUCAGUCAGUCAGUCAGACAGGCAGACAGGCAGCAGCACGAGCCGCAGCGCGUGAAAAGGACCCGAGAAGUGUUCAUACGCGUUGGGAUGCAUCCCAGUUCACCCUCCGGAUCGACGCCUUUCUCGGUGAAGGAUAUCUUGAAGCUGGAGCACCACCACCACCACCACCACCACCUAGAUGACUUUGAAAAUGAAUUCCAUUUGAUGACUGAUCAAGUUGUUCCGAUGAACUAUCAGCACGUGCACGCGUGUGCGUCCCGGACCGUCCGGCCGGAGCCGCGCGUGCCCGGCCCGCAGGAGAGGCUCGAUGUUCACAGCAGGGCAGCGAGAGAGGAGACACCGGAGCAGGAGAUCAGCGGCCCGGAGAGUUCACCUGACUGUGACAGGAACUCCCCGAGCGGAGGCCCAGCCGGCCGGCAGCGCAGGAAGCCGCGCGUCCUCUUCUCCCAGACCCAGGUCUCCGAGCUGGAGCGGCGCUUUCGGCAGCAGCGCUACCUGUCCGCCCCGGAGAGAGAGCACCUGGCCCACAUCCUCAAGCUCACCUCCACGCAGGUCAAGAUCUGGUUCCAGAACAGGAGGUACAAAUGCAAGCGGCAGCGGCAGGACAAGUCUCUGGAGCUGGCGGGAUUUCCGAGGAGGGUGCCGGUGCCGGUGCUGGUGCGGGACGGCAGGCUCUGCGGUUCUGCAGGUUCGCCUUCAGCGGCCCCUUAUAACGUGACCCUGGGACAUUAUAAUUCUGUGUUGUAUGGAAACAGCGGCGCGUACGGCUGCGGUUAUCACUCGCUGUCAGCCGCACAGCUGGCCGAUUUAACGUGUGGAAACAGUGAGGGGGCCUUUAACCACGGACACUUCCAGGCCUCUUUACAGGGGAGAGAAAACCAGCAGUCACAGAGGGAUGUGGCAGUAACAGAGCAAUGCAGGGUCAAUUGGUGGAAAAGGGACCUGGAUGGACAAAGGGUAACUGGGAAGAAAAGGAAGAAAAAGGUAUCAUCUGCUGGUACUUAUGCUGCUACAGAAGAUCCCUCUCCCAGCAAUGAAAUUCCCUCUUAUAGCACUUCAAUGUCUAACAAGUACCUGGAUGCUGACUUCACUUUACAGAGGCUGGAGGAGAUUUUACGGGAAGAAAACAAUCUUGAUUGCCAAAAGACACCACUAUCAAUUUGGAGCAAAAGGCAGAGGGAAGUCCAGCAACGCUGGCAACAGUCAAGGCAGCAAAAUCUUGACAGUCUUCUGGCAGCCAAGAACCGUACUAUCCAUCGGCAGCACAUCCUUCAUAACAGGCAAACCAUUGUUGAUGGGUUUUACAAGUACAUUCCACCAUCUGAGUCAGUGACCCUUAAGGAUGGGACGCACAGCAUCUGUGAACAAGCAUGCUUGUUGCCUGUCACCUCCCCACCCAGAGUUUGCUGUGGUUACUCGGACUUCACUCUGUCUGCUGGUAGACCUGUCAUUUUGGUUUGCAUCAAUGGGCGUUAUGAUCUUCACGUGCCACAAGAAAUGUGCAGCCACUGUGGGAGUCAGUGGACUCCUGAUGUGACUGACUUUGUAAUGAGUGGCUACUGGCCGACCACAAUGCAGGCACAAACACUGUUUCAACAGGACCUGUUUGAAUCUUUUGACACCAUGAAGACAAUAGUCCGAGGGAUGUCCCGACAGGCCUUCACUGCAAUGCUGGACCAGAGGACAAAGCACUUUGGAACGUGUAGUUAAGCGGCUGGAACCAACAACGGUAUGAACCUGUUUCGUUUGUUCCUUUAUAGUUUUACUUAGUUUCCAC